CUUACCAAAAAAUGUCAACAAAUUUGCUUGGUGAUCGACAAUGCACCAUAUAGUUUCAUUGUUGAUUGAUGUACAAGGAUUAGAGUUUCUCAUACCAAUCAAAAAUGAAAAAAUCUGGAAGACUAGGCAUUUCCGAUGUUCUGUCGUCUUCAGCAGAUGCACCAGCUGCCAGUUCUAAACCUGCCAGUGUCACUAAACAGGAGAAAGAACUACAGGCUUUGAAAUUUGAAAAUAAGAAGCUGAAAGGAGAUCUGAAUGAAAUAAGGAGCUUAUACAAGCAGCUUGUGCAGGAGAACAGCCAUGAACGGUUUGAUGAGCGCAGGGUGACACUGCUCAAGUCACAGAUUAUACAGCUGGAGAGACAGAUUCUGCUGCUGAAUGAGGCACUGAGCAGUCGAGGACAAGUGUUAUAUGAGGUGGAAAACAACCUGCAGUGGAUCGCAAACACCUGCAGGGGAUACAUUUGUAAGGACACUCAUGGACCCCAAGUGCCAGUGGAAAGGUCCCAGCUGACUUUGAUGGUGGAAACAGCAGAAUCAGCCAGAAUCAAGCUUUAUAAGCAGCUUGAGAACACAACCUCUCAGCAACUCAGCCAGCCCUUGAAGCACUUCAGUGAGUUCUUGCAGACACAGAAAGAAGGGGAGGUCAGCAUGUUGGAGGUUGCCAUGGGGACGCUGGAACAUCUCAACAUCAAACAUGUCACAAAGUUGGAGACAAAGCUCAGCACAUUGUACCGGGAUCUCAUUCAUCUGCAUUCCACCAUGGAGGCCGACACAAAGAAUGAGUCAGCAUAUUUAUGGACUUCCUGUCAUGUGACCAAAGUUGCCAGAGAGAGGCUCGUUACACAGAUAUUGACCUCCUGUGCCAGAUUGAAGGACUGCAGCUCAGAUUUGCUGGAACUCUCUUUGUUGUUUCCCAGUGCACCAUGGCCACCCUUGAGAAAGAAUGCCAUAAAGGAUGUCACUGCUGAUAGGGUCAUUCAGUGCAUUCCAUCAAGGUCAAGGUCACAAGAAACUCUCAAGGUCAUAGAGGCCUUGGUCAAGGCAUAUAACUACAAAGUGUACAUGCUUAGGAACGAGUCUGACAGCUUACGAGAGGAAGUUAAAUACCACAAAACCAUAUAUAACCUGCAGCUGAAAUAUGCUGAGUCAUUGUUCCAGGCUAUAAGAGAAGCUUAUGGCGGCUUUGAAGCCAUGACCAAUGAAGUAAUUGUGAAACCACUAAAAGAGGUUCUAGAGGCAUAUGUAGACCUGAGUCAGUCUGCUUCAGAGGAGGCCCUCAAGGUGUUCAUGAGGACAUUCAAGGACAGGGUAACACAGUUUGGUGAUAUUGUGGAGACUCUGACAGUCAAAGAGCCGGAAUCAGAGGGAGCCACAGUCCUGUCCCAGUAUGGUGAGGAGUUCUUCAAAGUGCUGGAAAAGGUCGUGAAAGAAGAGCAACUCAAGCGUGAUAAUGAGGCCAGCCAUGUGGAACAUCUGAGGGAGGAACAGGACCGCCUUGAUUCCCAGCUUCACCAGAUACUGGAAGAGCAGGAAACCAGACAACAACUUUUGAUGAUGUCAUCAAAUCAUGAUGACACUGAUGAGGUUGCAUCUGGGAUCAUGCCAGGGGGUGAUGUAAUUAUGGGCAAUACAUUGCAGGGUUCAGAAUUUUCUGACAGUAGUCGGAAUAAUUUGUGUACUUCUUUACCUAAUAAUAAACCUCUGGGUAAAAGCGGUAAAUUGAAAAAUAAAGAGAAGCCAUUGCAUAAGAAAGAGUGGGUCAAUAUUGUUGAAGAUCCAUUGGUUGACAAGGAAACCAGCUUUGUGAACACGUUGCAUAGAAAAGAUUUUGUAAAUGACACUCAAGACUAUUUAUUAGAAAAAAACAUGCAGGACCUAGAUAUAAAUGAUGCUAACAUAUCCAACCGCUUAUCAGAUGCAGAACUUUUGGCAUAUCACAAAAACACAACAUAUGAGCUGCAGAUGAAACAUCAGGGUUUGUCAGAAAAACUCCCAAAAAUUGAAGACGCAUCAGACAUGUCUGAUAUUUCUCAAACAAAAACUAAAUCCAAAAAGAAGUUGGGUUAUGUUCCAAACACAUUCGUUCCAAAUCGAACACUACAACUGCGAAGAUCUGGUAGCCAGUCUAGACUGGGAUCUUUAGAAAAAAGUUUAAGUUCAGCUGCUGAGAGUUCUUCUUUGCAGUAUGAAAACCAGUCUGCACUCAGUGGUGACACAAGGUCAAGGUCACAUUCCAGAGAUGACCUUGCCAAAACUACCAGUAACAACAAAGGACAGAGAGAAUUUAAAUCCAGACCUGCUUUUAGAUAAUACAAAUAGCAGCUAUUUUUGUUGAUUAUGUAGCAGUUGUUCUGUCCGUUGGUUUAUUUGUCCGUCCAAACAAGGUUAACCCAAAAUGACAUAUUUCGUAUAACAUCAGUAAUGCCUCUAUAAACUUUGAUAUUUGCACGGAUUGUUUGUUUUAACACUAUCAACACACCCACAUUGACCUUAUCUUAUUAUGCCCCCCUUCGAAGAAGAGGGGGUAUAUUGUUUUGCACAUUUCGGUCGGUCCGUCAGUCCACCAGAUGGUUUCCAGAUGAUAACUCAAGAACGCUUAGGCCUAGGAUUAUGAAAGCAGAUGACCCCUAUUGAUUUUCAGGUCACUAGGUCAAAGGUCAAGGUCAGUGACUCGAAAUAGUAAAAUGGUUUCCGGAUAAUAACUCAAGAAUGCUUAGGCCUAGGAUCAUGAAACUUCAUAGGUACAUUGAUCAUGACUGGCAGAUGAUCCCUAUUGAAAUGCAGGUCACUAGUUCAAAGGUCAAGGUCACAGUGACUCGAAAUAGUAAAAUGGUUUCCGGAUGAUAACUCCAGAAUGCUUACGCCUAGGAUCAUGAAACUUCAUAGGUGCAUUGAUCAUGACUGGCAGAUGAUCCCUAUUGAUUUUCAGGUCACUAGUUCAAAGGUCAAGGUCACAGUGACUCGAAAUAGUAAAAUGGUUUCCGGAUGAUAACUCAAGAAUGCUUACACCUAGGAUCAUGAAACUUCAUAGGUACAUUGAUCAUGACUGGCAGAUGACCCCUUGACUGGCAGAUGACCCCUAUUGAUUUUAUGGUCAUUAGGUCAAUGGUCAAGGUCACAGUGACUCAAAACAGUAAAAUGGUUUCCGGAUAAUAACUCAAGAAUGCUUAGGCCUAGGAUCAUGAAACUUCAUAGGAACAUUGAUCAUGACUGGAAGAUGACCCCUAUUCAUUUUCAGGUCACUAGGUCAAAGGUCACAGUGACUCGAAACAGUAAAAUGGUUUCCGGAUGAUAACUCAAGAAUGCUUAUGCCUAGGAUCAUGAAACUUCAUAGGAACAUUGAUCAUGACUGGCAGAUAGAGCUGUAAUGAUUCGGUUCGAUGCAUUGAAAAACCGGUUCAAAGCCGCCAAUUUGAUUUCGAUACCAAUACGGCUAAUUUCGAUUCGAUUCACUGCAAUCCCGAUUGAUCCGCAUUUUUAACCUUACUUUCCAAAUCCGUCGUCUAAACUUUCUUGUCAUUUGUAAUACGUCUUGUGAUUGGUCAAUAGCCAAUAUGGCAUCUAAUGAAUGGAUGAAUAACAUGCUGAGCAUUACAUAAGCCGGUAAAAUGGCUGCUUCAACUACGCUGAAAGACGCACAGUCAAAAUUAAAAUAAAAAGUAUGGGAACAUUUCGGGUUUUGCGAAAGUUCUGGUGCAAAGGCAACUUGCAAAAAGUGUUUUGUUGAUGUAAGUUACCCUAAAUCUGGAAGCACUAAAAAUUUGAGGCAAUAUUUAAAGAGAAAACACUUAGUUGAUAAUUCAGAUGUGAAAUCUUCAUCUCCCACGACAAGCUCCUUUAGAACAUUAGCAAAAAAAUCUGAGACAACGGGUCAAAUCAAACUGAGUCAAUACAUAUUGUUUGUUUACUAAACUGUGUGCAUUCUGUUAAGAAGUCAACUGGAAGUAGUUUAUAUACUUACUUUUUUCUGUGUUUUUUUUUCUGUUAAACACAUGUGAUACAUUGUGCAUUUCAUGUUAUUUAAGAAUAACUCAACAGGAAGUAUUGUUCAAUAAAUGUGUUACUCUUAAAACAAUAAUGCGUUUUUAAAUUUUAUUAAAAAAAUUAAACACUUUAAAUGUACAACAUAAUAAGUUAAUAAAAAAUACCAACAUAUUAAAUCAUGCCCUGGACAGACCAAACAUGAAAUACUUUGCAAAAUAAGCAGCAAAUAGUUUAAUUUGAAUCGAAUCGAAAAUAAUAGAAUCGGACCAUUUGGUAUCGAAAUCGAAUCGAAUCGAAUGAUGGGUGAAUUGUUACAGCUCUACUGGCAGAUGAUCCCAAUUAAUUUUCAGGUCACUAGGUCAAAGGUCACGGACACAGUGACUUGAAACAGUAAAAUGGUUUCCUGAUGAUAACUCCAGAAUAACUAGGCCUAGGAUCAUGAAACUUCAUAGGUACAUUGAUCGUGACUGGCAGAUGACCCCUAUUGAUUUUCAGGUCACUAAGUCAAAGGUCAAGAUCACAGUGACAAAAAACUUAUUCACACAAUGGCUGCCACUACAACUGACAGCCCAUAUGGGGGGCAUGAAUGUUUUACAAACAGACCUUGUUUGGACUAUGCCAUUGACCAACUUUUGGACUAAAAUUUAUUUUGAUGGGCCAAUUAAUCAAUACCAAAGGGCAGGGGACCAUGGGUUUAUUGAAAGCAGCAUCUUAUUUAUAUUAUGUUAAUUUAUUUAUUACUUAAAAUUGUUAUAUGGUUAUGUAUAAUGUUUUUACUGUUUAUUAAGCAUAAAUUUCAGAGCUGACAUAGUUAAAUAUGCAAUAUUUUGUCCCAUAGGCAUACUAGUUUACAGUCAAAGAAAAUGUAUAGUUGUGAAAUUAAAAACUAAUCUUAAGAGCACUUGUAUCCAAGUGUAGCAUGCCAAUAUGACCCUGGUAUCCAAGUGUAGCAUGCCAAUAUGACCCUGGUAUCCAAGUGUAGCAUGCCAAUAUAACACUGGUAUCCAAGUGUAGCAUGCCAAUAUGACCCUGGUAUCCAAGUGUAGCAUGCCAAUAUGACCCUGGUAUCCAAGUGUAGCAUGCCAAUAUGACACUGGUGUAUCCAAGUGUAGCAUGCCAAUAUGACACUGGUAUCCAAGUGUAGCAUGCCAAUAUGACACUUGUGUAUCCAAGUGUAGCAUGCCAAUAUGACCCUGGUAUCCAAGUGUAGCAUGCCAAUAUGACACUGGUAUCAUAUUUGUGUUAUAUAAUAACACUACAAAUAAAUCCAUAACUAUACUCGUAUUCUUCUCUCAAGUUUAUAAAAACUUUCUAAACCGUCAACUUUAAGUUCUUCCAAUGCUUUGAGCAUUAUGAAAACUAGUUUGUUCUCUGUAAGGCUAAGAAUACCUCAGCAUGCUGCCUUUACAUAGGACAUUGGAAAAUCAUUUAAGAACUGGUUUCACAGUCAUGUUAGCUUCCUACUUUAAACAUUCAUCUUUAUUCCUCAUAUUAAAGUCGAGACAUGCCCUGGACAAAAUGUCAGCUUGAACAUUCCUAAGGUGAAUAUUAAACUGUGAAAAUAUUUAAA